AUGUAUGAACUUUAUAUUUUAUUAAUUCUUUCUGUAGGAUUAGGAGUUUGGUUUUUUUACCGAUAAUCAAAUUUAGUGUUUGAACGUGGUGAUUAUUUCGAUAAGUUAAAUUUGAGAAAGAAGAUUUUAAAAAAACCUGAUUUUAAAGUUCAUAUAGAAAUGAAGAAUGAUUAAAACUAAUAGAAUCCAGAUAUUGGUGAUUCUAAAAAAUUUUAGUCAUAAGAUCAAAAUUAAUAAAUGAAACAGAUAGUAAUAAUUUUCUUUGUAAUUAAAUUAGACUUAAAAAGUUGGUCAAUCACACAGUUAAAACUAAUAAAAUAGUGAGAAUUACGAUUAAAAUAGAAAAGAAUUAGACGAAAAGAAAAAUUUAAAAACAUAAGCCGAUAAAGAUGUAGAUUGUUUGAUAAAAGUAGAAACUAAUCAAUAAAUUGAUAAUAAAUAAAAAUCAAAUACUGUAAAAAAAAAUAAAAUUAUUGAUGAACAAAUAUAAUCCUCUUAACUAUCAAAUUAGACUUAAGAAACUAGGUAAUCACACAGUUAAAACUAAUAAAAUAAUCAGAAUUACGAUUAAAAUAGAAAAGAUUUAGACUAAAAGAAAAAUUUAAAAACAUAAGCCGAUAAAGAUGUAGAUUGUUUGAUAAAAGUAGAAACUAAUCAAUAAAUUGAUAAUAAUUAAAAAUCAAAUAAUGUAGAAAAAAAUAAAAUUAUUGAUGAACAAAAAUAAUCCUCUUAACGAUCAAAUUAGACUUAAGAAACUAGUUAAUCACACAGUUAAAACUAAUAAAAUAAUCAGAAUUAAGAUUAAAAUGGAUAAGAUUUAGACUAAAAUCAAAAUUUUUAAACAUAAGCCAAUAAAGAUGUAGAUUGUUUAGUGAAAAUAGAUUAAGAUUAAUUAAAUAAUUAAUCAAUUAAAUAAAUGGAAGAUAAAAUAUAAUGUUAGGAUUAAGCUAAUUUGAUAUGUAUACCAUAAGAUGAAAUUUAAAAUAAGGACGAUGAAGAAAAUCAGAAUCCAAGUAUUUUUAUAGAAUUAAAGACUGAUAAGGAUAUCUUAUAUAAUUAUGUAAGAGUAAAUAAGGACAAGAUUAUGUAUGUAAGUGAUAAAAAGAAAGAUUACUCUGGUAAAGCAUACUAAUAUUGUGUAUUUUAUGAUGAAGAUUACAAUCCAAAUUUUUAAAUAUAUGAAGGAGAAUUUAAUAAAGGAAAGAAAUCAGGGGAAGGAAAACUGUAUGGAGGAAAAUCUAACUAUAUAAAAUAUGAAGGAACUUGGGAGAAUGACAAAGCGACUAAAUAAGAAAAAAAGGAAAUUCAAGAACCAUCAAGCCAUUUGAAAAAAAGAAUUAUUAUAAAAGAUGAUCAAGGAAUAUAGAUUUUGAAUAGUGAAAGUUAAUAAAAGCAACAAAUUUAACUUGAAUAAACUUCUUGGGUAAAAUAUAAUUAAUAAUUCAAUCAAAAAGAUAUGUAUAUCUUAAAUAAUAGUCAAUCUUGGUUCACUAGUUCAAUCAUAGAUGGAUUUGUUUAAUAUCUAAAUAUUGAAUCCUAAAAAAAUUUUUAAUAUUUUCUAUCUAAAGAUGUUUAAGAUAAAAUUUCGAAACUUGAAAGACCGCAAUAUUUAUUUUGCCCUAGUCAACUUUAUACAAAUAUGUCUGCUGAUAAUCUUGAAUAGAAUGAAAAUAUUUUCAGAAACUUCAUUUUAGAAUUUUAGCCGAUUAAUUUCCGUCUAUAAUAUUUAUAUUCAAGAGUGUAUUUUGUUAUCAAUAAAUUAAAUACUCAUUGGUUUUUAAUUUAUAUAGAUUUUAAUGAAAGUUCUUUAAACAUAUUGGAUUCACUUCAAAAACCAGAAAAUUAUUAUAAUACUGAGUUUAAAAUAUUUAAAAAAAUUUUUAAGGAAUAAAUCAAGAAUAUAAAAUUAUUGGAUUGUAAAUAAUAAACUAAUGGGUAUGAUUGUGGACCUUUUACUUGUCUUAAUAUGUAUAAAGAAUUUUUAAAUUUAUUAAGUUAAGUUCAUUAAGAUAAAGAAUAUAAAUAAAUAGGGGAACCUAAAUAAGUCAGAUAAUUUUUAUAUGGUAUUUUCAAGAAUUGA